AUGAUAUUUGCAAAACCUAAGGGUCUUCCCCCAAAUAGAUCUCAAAACCACUGCAUUCCUCUCUUGCUUGAUGUGAACGCUGUGAGAGUGAAGCCAUACAAAUAUCCUCAUAGUCAGAAACAACAGAUUGAGAAUGUGGUGCAACAGAUGUUGGAGGAUGAGAUUAUUACCCACAACACCAGCCCUUUUUCUUCACCAAUUAUUUUGGUCAAAAAGAAAGAUGACACUUGGAGGUUUUGUACUGACUAUAGGGCAUUGAAUGUUGUAACAAUCAAAGACAUAUUUCCUAUACCAACUGUUGAAGAGCUAUUAGAUGAAUUAUUUGGUGCUAAAUUCUUUUCUAAGAUGGAUCUCAGAUCAGGCUAUCAACAAAUUUUGGUCCACCCUACUGACAAGUUCAAAACUGCUUUCAGAACCCAUCAAGGCCACUGGAAGGAUAACCAGGAAGCUGAUGCACUAUCCAGAUCCUUCUUUAUGGCAUGGUCCCAUAGAGAGACUAAUUUGAUGUCCAAAAUUCAUAAAGCCACACAACUUGACCCUAAUCUUCAAUCUGUUAUACAAGCUUGCGCAGUAGGGAAACUACCUAAUAUUAAUUAUUCAUACUAUGAUGGAUUCUUACAUUGGAAGCACAGAGUGAUGAUUCCUAGAGAUGCUGAGAUUAUACAACUAUUACUCAAGGAAUACCACAGUUCGACAUUAGGGGGUCAUGUUGGAAUAACUAGAACUAUGGCUCGGUUGUCUUCUCAAUUUUAUUGGUCUGGCAUGCUCAAAGAUUUACUCAGUAUGUCCAAGAAUUCCUUAUAUGCCAACAAGCUAAAUCUGCCACCACUCUACCAACAGGGUUAUUACAACCACUGUCAAUGCCGAAUCAGGCUUGGGAAGAUAUAA